ACCAAAUUCUCUUCACCUCUAAAUUUGGAUUUGAAACUGACAGUCUGACAUACAUAGAAAGCAUUUUAAGGAAAACACAAGUCUCCGGACAUGCAAACAAACUUUCACUUGCUGUGUAUUUACCAGAAAUUAAAUCCUUCAUUCUUUCUUUUAAGUCAUCAUUUGAAGUUACAAAGUAUCUCACUAUGGGUAUCAAAACAAGUCCCCUUAUUCAAGGUACUAGAAUCUUGUGGAGGUUUUCAAAUUCUGGAGGUGUUCCCAAAGGUCCUUGUGCAGUAUACGUAGGAGAGAGCCAGAAAAAGCGAUUUGUAGUGCCAAUAUCAUACUUGAGCCAACCUUUAUUUCAAGACUUGUUAACUCAAGCUGAAGAAGAGUUUGGCUUCGAUCAUCCAAUAGGUGGUCUUACAAUACCUUGCAAAGAGGAUGUGUUCGUUGAUCUCACAUCCCGCUUGAGAUCUUGAAUUAUAUCAUAGUGCAAAAUUAAUAGCACAUGAAAUUUUGUAAAUUAGUAGGACUUAGAUUUUAGAAGAGGAUAUUAAGAGAGCAACUUCCUCUGUAGAUAUAGUUCAGAAACACAAGAAUCUAGAAAAUUAUUUCAUGAUCAAUUUAUGAAUAGUGGAAGUUCUAGUUCUGAUUAAUCCUUUUUUCAUGAUAUUUGCUAAAACGAUUCCAUUGUAAGCACCUGCAUGCAACAACUUGCAUUAUGUGGUGCUUCAAACUGAACGAUCAUUUUUUCUAUUGAAGUCACAAAAUUCAUUUACGAAUCUGUGAAAUGCUAUCCAUGGAAACCUUUUCGGAAACUUACUAUUUGUAAAGAUAUCACAUUGAGGCUUACUCAACCCAAAAAGCUAGUUUAUUAGGACAAGAUUGUUAAGUCCAUAUAAGCAGACUACCCUUCUAUUCCUCAACCAAUAUGAGACUCUUAACACACUCUUAACACUAUUGAAAAGCUCCUUUAAGGUUAUAUUGAGUAAAACUAGGAUGAUAUCACCAGCAGGCAGUAGCG